CUCACACAAAACCAGCCAUGGCUUUCAAACACAUCUCUUUUAUCUUCUUGAUCUCACUCUUCUUCGCCGGCAAUGGAACCCUCACCCUCGCCGCCCGCCGCUUGCUCGACACUCCAGCGGUGAAGCUUCCUCCUCUACCGAAACUCGCGUUUCCUCCUCUCCCGUGCGCAUGGCCGCCGCUGCCCAAUAUUCCGAGCUUGCCGAAGCCGGAGCUUCCGCCGAUGAUCCCCGGCUUAUCGAUUCCUCCGAAUCCUUUUCCAUUUCCUCUGCCAAAGUGGUGGCCACUGCCGAACCCGGAGGCGGCGUCUCCGAAAGCUAGUCCACCAGCGAUCGUCAUAAUGCCGACUCUUCCUAAUCCUUUCAUAUUGUCGCCGCCGGCGACUAAAUCAUCGUCAGCCCCUGUGACUUCGCCACUCUUGCCGGAGCCAAGCCCUUCAGCCGUUCCAGCUUUUCCUCCGGCCAUAAUAGAUGAGCUAGAAUAGGAAUUUGAUCUCUCUUUCUCUCUCUCUCGCUAUAU